AUGGGCAAGAACGACAAGAAGCCGGCCGACAAGAAGGACGGGGGCAAGUCUGCUGGAGGGAAGAAGGGUGCCAAGGGUGAGAGCGACGACAAGGGCGGCAAGGCGGCCAAGGGCGCGCAGUCCAUCAAUGUCCGGCACAUCUUGUGCGAGAAGCAUGCCAAGAAGGAGGAGGCUUUGGCUAAGCUGAGAGACGGAACCAAGUUUGAUGAGGUGGCGAGAGAGUUCUCCGAGGACAAGGCAAGACAAGGUGGUGCUCUGGGCUGGAAGACAAAGGGUAGCCUGGACCCAAAGUUCGAGGACGUUGCGUUUGCUCUGAGCGCCAGUACAACGGCGAGCCCCGUCUACGGAGAGGCCAAGACGGAGUUUGGAUACCACAUCAUCAUGGUUGAAGGCAGGAAAUAG